AUGGCUACCAGAAUGGUGUUGAAGGAAGCGAAAGCUCCUCUUUUAUUGUUUCGCAGCUCAGUCUUAGCGGCAGCCCGGGCCACGUCCCCAACCAUUCCCUCCAACGGCGACCUAAUCCAGUCCCUGCUUCUUACGAAGGCUCAGAAACCCGCUGUUCUUUCCUCCCGCUAUCCCUACAACUUUGAUUCUCUUAAGGUCCAGGGCUGCGAUCUUCAAUCCGCUUUUGGUUUGCAUGCUCGGGGAUCAAAGCGCGUAGUUGAUCGUGAUGAAGACGAGGACGAUGAUUCCGAUGAUGUUGAUUUCGAUGUUGAUGAUGGAGAUUUUGACUCCCAAUCCGACGAAGAUGACGACGACGACGAUGAUUUUGAUGAAGAAGUAGUGAAAAAGAGAAGGUGA